UUAAGAACGAACGUUAAAUGUAUGGCGUGUAUGGCGAGAGCAGUGAGCUUGACGUUUGCCAAUAUACGAAAGCCUUUAAAUAUUAUUGAACUAAUUGCGAUUACUUAAAUUCUCUGCAUAUUUUGCGCUCUGUGUGACUUUAAAAUUUCUAAUUCACCACAGCACCACGUCAGGUGUGCUCACUACAAUGCGCGCCCUUUGAAAAUAUCGAGUUGAGAGUAUGCUUUCAAUGCGACCAUUUCGCUCACUUCUUAUUGGAUUUUCGAAGAAGUCGGACGUUUUAUGAGUCGGAAGUCAGUAUUCGCAAAAUAUACUGUUGUUAGGUGGCGCGUUGCGACAAUAAAGUGUUUAUAGGUGCGUACAUGUGUAUGCAUGUGAAAAGAUUUAUGUCAGCUGUAAUUAGGCGCGAAACCCAUACUUUGCUUCGUUAUUUCUCUACAAUUUAUUUAUAUAAACAUUCAUAAACACGAUGGAGCCCAGUUUUGAUGGUUGGGACUUUGCCGUACUGAUUACUGUGCUGUCGAUUUCGACUUCGAUUGGCAUUUACUAUCGCUAUACGGGCGGAAAGCAGAAAACAAUCAAGGAAUACCUCCUGGCCGACCAGAGUAUGUCCACAUUUCCGGUUGCUGUGAGCUUGAUGGCGAGUUUUAUGUCCUCCAUCUCAUUACUCGGUAUAUCCAAUGAGAGUUAUCAAUUUGGCACCAUGUUUUGUAUAAUCAAUUUGUCGUACAUCAUAAGCACACCGAUUAUAGCGUAUUUAUUCCUACCGGUGUUCUAUCGCAUGCGCACCAUGAGCGUUUAUGAAUACUUGGAACGUCGUUUUGGUCACUCAACACGUCUCGCCGCUUCGAUUGCCUACUCCAUACAGAUGAUACUUUACACGGGUAUUGUACUUUAUGCGCCAGCGUUAGCACUCGAAGCUGUUACCGGUGUGAGCAAGGUUACCGCGAUAUUAGCUAUUGGCUUAAUUUGCACCUUCUACUCGACCAUUGGUGGACUAAAAGCUGUGCUGAUAACCGAUGUCUUUCAAUCGCUCCUAAUGUUCGCUGCCAUUUACGCAGUAAUCGUCGUAUCGGCCAUCAAAGCUGGUGGUUUGGCGCCGAUUUGGCAGGUAGCCGAGGAGCGUAAUCGUAUAUAUUUCACGGACUUUUCUCUGGAUCCCACUGUGCGACAUAGUUGGUUGAGUCUCAUUAUUGGUGGCAUGGUGAUAUAUAUGUCAGUAAAUGCUGUUAAUCAGGUGCAAGUGCAACGUUUAUUGAGUGUACGUAAUUUGAAGAGCGCCCAGGCGGCAAUAUGGUGGAAUGUACCUAUUCUGAGCGCACUAAGCCUGAGCACAUUAUUCAGUGGUUUAGCGAUAUUUCAGUAUUAUAAAGAUUGUGAUCCCCUGCUGGAGGGUAGAAUACAAUCUAGAGAUCAAUUGAUGCCUUUAUUUGCGGUGGAUACAAUGGGUCAAUAUCCUGGUUUAUGUGGUCUCUUCGUAUCAGGCAUAUUUUCCGCCAGUCUCUCAAGCGUUUCAUCAGCGGUCAGCUCACUAUCGACUGUAACACUAGAGGACUACAUCAAACCAUUGUAUAAACACUUUACGAAAAGACCGUUACAAGAAACAGAAUCAACAUUGCCGAGUAAAAUUAUGGCCUGCAUUUAUGGGAUGGUCUGCAUCGGUAUGGCUUUCACGGCCAGUUCUAUGGGUGGUGUUCUACAGGCAUCUCUAACCAUUUUCGGCGUAGUCGGUGGACCAUUGUUGGCCCUCUUCACACUCGGUUUAUUUACGACGCGUGCGAAUCAACGUGGCGUACUUUUGGGCCUACUAAUCGGUUUGAUAUUCUCCUUCAUUAUCGGUUUCGGUGGUCCGAAACAACCGCCAACCACGUUAGAUUUUAAAGAUGAUGGUUGCCCAGCUGCUGGUAAUAUGACUUUGGUCGCCGAGUCCCUUACACAGGCGUUCAAUAUGACAACCGCGCAACCAACAACAGCGUCGCCGCCAAUUGCAUAUAACUGGUUCUAUAGACUGUCUUAUAUGUGGUAUUGCGUAAUCGGUUUUUUGAUUACACUAAUUGGUGGUUAUGUUUUAAGUUUGCUAUUGGAGGCUCUAAAAUGGGCUGACAAUAAGCAAAUCUAUCUGGAUCAUCAACAAAUCGAUGUAGACUUAUUCGUACCACCGUUGGCGCGAAGAUUAAGAAGGCACGACGCUGAGGAAUUGACAAAGUUCCAAGGUGCCUAGGAAAAAGUGUGUUUUGAAGUUCAGUUUUAUGUUGAAUAUGUUACUCAAUUAAUUAUAAUAUCUCUAUUUUAAUUUAAUUAUUUAAUUGACUUGUAAAUUUCGAACUUUCUUCUUUGCAUUUAUUUUUAAGCAAAUGGAGCUAAACUAACUCUUAGCUCAAGUCAUAGUAAUUCUAUAGGUUUAUGUUUACUGCAAAAAUACUUAAUAGCCGCUAAGGCUAAAAUAUUUACUUUUUACUUAAUAAAAUAAUCUAGUUUAAUUGUCAAUUUUAAGCACUUUACUAAUGAAUGUAAAAUAUAAUAAUAUUUGAGUUUAUACUUCACUCAGGAAAAUGUUACUACUUUUAGUGUUAUUUGUAUUAACGAAACGAAAAGAAACUCUGGAAUAAAUAUGUAUAUUCGAAAUAAAUUGCUAAAAAUAUGUAUUUUUACUAAAUUUUCAUAUUUGUGUCAGAUAUAUAGGAAAGUAGGUACAAAUAAAAAUAGGUACCCAUUUGUAUUGUCGUCAGCUGAAAAAGUAUUGUAAAGGGUUUUAAUGCUGAUUUGCUGUUAAUAAUCGUUGCUAGCUUUUGAUGACACAUGACAUUAAUGUUUUUACAGAUUAAUUUUGCUAAGCAAAGUAUACACAUUAUACCAUAUACUACUGCAAUUAAUUUUGUUGAAAAAAAAUAAAGUAAAAUGUUUAAUGUACAAAAUUUA